UUAUCCGACAAGCUCUUAGACGUUUUCAAUAGUAUUGACGCCAUUAUAUAGUGCGCUGGAAGUGGGUUUGGUUGGUUCCCGUUUAACACUCAGCGGCCGCUCUGCAAUAGAAUUGAAACUAUGUUCUAGUACCAAAGAAAAACUAAAUUAAAGCAGUGCAACCAACCCAUCGACUACAAAAAUGAUUGGUGGUUUGUUUAUAUAUAACCAUAAAGGUGAGGUGCUAAUCUCGCGAGUCUACAGAGAUGAUAUUGGUCGUAAUGCCGUUGAUGCAUUUCGUGUCAACGUGAUUCAUGCACGUCAACAAGUGCGAUCCCCAGUUACCAAUAUCGCACGGACAAGCUUCUUCCAUGUUCGUCGCUCUAACAUCUGGCUGGCUGCUGUCAGCAAACAGAAUGUAAAUGCGGCCAUGGUGUUUGAGUUUCUGCUAAAAAUGUGCGACGUCAUGCAGUCGUACUUCGGCAAGAUCUCGGAGGACAACAUUAAGAACAAUUUUGUGUUGAUCUACGAGAUUUUGGAUGAAAUCUUGGACUUUGGGUAUCCGCAGAACACAGACACUGGAAUUUUAAAGACAUUCAUUACUCAGCAGGGUGUCAAAUCUCAGAGCAAAGAAGAGACAAGCCAAAUAACAUCACAAGUGACGGGUCAAAUUGGUUGGCGCCGUGAAGGAAUAAAAUACAGGCGAAACGAACUCUUCCUUGAUGUUCUUGAGUCUGUCAACCUGCUGAUGUCACCUCAAGGCCAAGUGCUCAGUGCCCAUGUCGCAGGUAAAGUUGUAAUGAAGAGUUACCUCAGCGGCAUGCCGGAAUGCAAAUUCGGGAUAAAUGACAAGCUACUGGUGGAUAUUAAAGGGAAAGGAAGCCUCGAAGAUGGAGGUCGAGCUGGCGGCACUACCUCGUCUGGCAAAAACUCUAUUGCCAUUGACGAUUGUCAGUUCCAUCAGUGUGUGAAGCUCAGCAAAUUUGAGACAGAACACAGCAUAAGUUUCAUUCCACCAGAUGGCGAGUUUGAACUAAUGAGGUAUCGGACUACAAAGGAUAUAAAUCUUCCUUUCCGGGUAAUUCCUCUAGUCAGAGAAACUGGACGACACAAGAUGGAGGUGAAGGUUGUGGUCAAGUCCAAUUUCAAACCAUCUUUAUUGGCUCAAAAAGUUGAAGUUCGUAUCCCAACGCCACUGAACACAAGCGGUGUCCAAGUCAUAUGUAUGAAGGGCAAGGCCAAAUAUAAAGCCAGUGAGAAUGCUAUUGUUUGGAAAAUUAAGCGGAUGGGCGGAAUGAAAGAGUGCCAACUGAGUGCAGAGAUUGAGUUGUUGAAUACUAAUGAUAAGAAAAAAUGGACACGUCCACCAAUAUCAAUGAACUUUGAGGUGCCAUUUGCACCUUCCGGAUUCAAAGUUCGCUACUUGAAAGUAUUCGAGUCAAAACUCAACUACAAUGACCACGAUGUCAUUAAGUGGGUUCGUUACAUUGGACGCAGUGGGUUGUACGAGACCCGGUGUUAAACGAUCCCUAGGGUAGGUGUGUGUGUGGGGGUCAAAAUAUGGAAGAAGAGGAAACAAAGAGUAAAAAAGAGAAGAGGAAGACGUGAAGGAGAAAGAUAAAAAGUGGAUAGUGAGAAAUUUGUUUAGCAAUGUUCCUCCCUCUUUGUUGAGCAAGUUCCUCACUCACCUUACUAUAAUGUUCAUUCUCAUAUUGAUUUGAUAUAGUUUAUUACCUUGUCAGAUGCUCUAUUUUAAUUGCAUGUAUAUCAUAUACACACACACAGAUGAAUACAUACCCACAAAUGCACAUACAUACUCAUUUCAAUUUCAACAUGCACUGAAUUACACAUGCAUAUACAAAUACACACACACACACCUUUUUAUGAACAUUUCUUGUUAGGUUUUGAACUUGAAAAACUUCAGAAGGUUAGAUAUGUACCUUGUGUUUUUUUUUUUGAGGUAGUGUUCCUCCCUUUGGUAAUGCCAGUUACCAAAGAUAUGGUGUAAUUCACUGCAAUGAUUUGAUUAUUAUAAAGUUCUGAGUUUGGGUUCAAGAUCCACUUGAAAAUAUUUUUUUUUUGAAAACAAACUAAAAUGAUUAUAUAUGUACUGAAAACUAAAGGUCUCACAUGAAAAAGUCAAAAAAAAUUAGUGGCUGUUUUAACCAUUAACCCCACCUUUUCCCAGCAAAUCCCCACCACCACCACCACCACCACUUGCCCAAAGAAUAAAGUUCCCCCAACCAAAACCUGCAAAUAAAACACAAGAUGUGGAUGAAUGAAUCUAAAAAAAAAGAAAAAAAGAAAAAAACCUCCAAAAAAACCUCAAGCCAUAUUUGUUAGUCUCAUUUUUGAUGGAAUAUCCUUUGCUUUGAUGCCAACCACUCAACCAUUAAUUGGGAGGAGAGUGUGUGGGAGGGGUAGAUUUUUUUUUUUUUUUGUUUUUUGGCAAGUUUCAGUGAGGACAGUAAUGUUAGUGAAAAAGAUUUUUUUUUUUUUUUUUUUUUUUUUACAUGGUUUAGUGUUAGUUGUAGUCUUGCAAAUCAAUUAACCACUCUGAUACUGAUUUUCAGAGAUGAAACCUCAUGGCAUUUUAGGUACUGCAGACGCUGUAUUUUUUUUUUAAUUUACACGCGUGUGAACCAUAGCACUUUUCUCCCGAGAAUUUGCUAGGUACAAAAUCUAUCAUAAGUGGUAUGACGUUAGUUUGCGUAGAGUUGUCUCCUCCUUAGAAAUAAUAAUGAAAUUAUUGUGUAUAGUGCCCAGGUGCACUACGACUCGUCAAAGGGGCACGUACAGUACAUAGAAUUAUGUACAAACUUGUCAGGAAAGUGAAGAGUGUAUGAGUCAUGAUAUACAUGUGCAUGCGUAUAGAGGGUGGGAUAUCAGGUAGGUGUGUGCACAUUCCUUGUAUUAAUUUUCCCAUGUGUUUUUAAAUUAUUUAUUCAUUGACUUUUUUUUUCCAUCAGUUGUGCUGAAUCUAUAAAUUAGCAACUGAUUCCUUGAAGGAUAAUGGAACCGUUACAUGGUUACUCAGCUAACGAAAAAGUAACAGAUCUCCCUUAAAUUACUCCCUGCUAACUUUAAAAAAAAAGGUGGGAUGGGGAUACAGAUAAAGUAUUUAGUAUUCAUUUCUGCCAAAGUUGAGAUGGUCACUGUUGGCACGUAUUUUGGUUAUAGUUCUUUUUGAUCAAAACUAAUCCUGAGCUAUACAACAACUAUUCUGAUAAAUAUUUUGGGGAUAUGUUUUAUUUUUAAAAGUGGGAUGAGAAAAUUUUAUUUUUGGAAUAUUUCCUUCCUCAUGAAAUUUAAACACAAAAUGAAGGGGAAAAAAAAAGCUCUUUACUGUUCUGGUAUUUAAUCUAGCUUUCUUCUUUGCUCCCCUUCUAUCUACCUGUCACUACCUUUAUGAUAUAUCACACAAAUUUUAUUUCAUCUGGUAAUGAGAGAGGCAGAAAAGGUUUGUUAAAGGCUGAAAGUAAAAAUAGAUGAAGUUUUUAUUAUAGUUUUCAGGCACUUUAGUUGAAGUAAUUUUUGGUCAUGAGUAUCUUAUAAUAAUGGCAAUGCUUAGGAUUAAUAAAGUGCCAUGAAAUCUGGCUGUCAGCUAGUUAGAAUUUUAGAGGUGUUAUUCAUCAUCAUAAAAGCCCUUCUUGAUGACUCCCUUUUAAAAUUUCUCAUAUGGCCAAGCUUGUGGAAUUGUUAGCAUGCUGGGAUCAAUGUAAUCUACUAGCCCUAUCUUCACAAAAAUUACAGGCUUUGUACUUAUUGUAGAAAGUGGGUUCAUUGAUUUGCUUAAUUCUGGUUAUCACUUUGAGGGGGAAAAAAUUGGGGGAAAAACAAGAAGCUAUCAUUCUUUGUAUAUGUUCUUGUGUUUUAUCUCCUUCAGCCCUUCCACCUGAGUUACUUACUCCCGAAUCUGAAGCUCAAUAUUGUAUUGUUUAGUGGUGGUGCUGUGCAUGUAUGCGUAAAUUUCUCUUGGUCGGGUUCUAUGGCUUUAUAUAUAUCUGUACGGAUAAAGCCAUCAUAUGUUUACAUUCUUUCUCCCAUUUCCAUUACUCUGACCAUUAUCUGUACUUUUCUUAAUCUCUUUUCCUUUUUGUCACAUUGACAAUUAGCUACUAAUUCACUUCUCAUCGAACUUGCUUUUUGUUUUUUUUUCCCCUGCCCCUGUUACCUUCCCUUCUCUUCCCUUUCAUAUAAAUAUUGGCAAACUGGAUUUCUAUUCAAUGAGAUGUUAUGAAUGCGGAUAAACUUUUUUUUGUACUGGAUUACAAGCAAGAACAAGUACAAAAAAAAGGAAACCAAAACCUAAUACUGGAAUUAAGAAUAUAAGAAUGUUUGUUUUAAAGGUGUUUCUACACACUGCGUGUAGAGAGAUAAGCAAGAUCCAAGAACACAUUUUUCUUUUUAACCUGCCAUGUUUAUCAGAAAAUAACUGGUAUUUGUAAUAAUUUCACACAUUAGAUUAUAUUGAUCUAUAUUGACAUUAUUGUGCUAAUGUGUAGCGAUGACAUGUUUUCUGCAAGUAACUGUAAGUUUAAAAAAAAAAUUUCAAAAAAAAAAGAAAAAAUGAAAACAAAACCAUGUCUGUGAAGCAAUUUCAAUUUCCUCUGGUGUUUGUGCGGGGGGUGAGUGGUAUUCACUUACAUUGCUAAUGCCCUAUGGAAAGGCAUGAGCAUCAUCACAACUUGCCACUGUAUUUCCCUUUCAAAUCCAAGGCAGUUCUGCUGGUUAUGCUAGGAAGUCGUUUAUUAUAUUAAUGUAACAGCUAUUGACAGUUGACAUUACACUGGAAUAUAUUCUAAAGUAAUAAGUGUCUAUGUUAGGUCUAGUCUUGAUAUUUGUGUCCGUCAAGUGUUGACACUAUAUAUAAUAUAUAUAUAUAUAUACACACACAGUCAUAAUGUGUGUGUAUGUAAAAGCAUUUUUUUUUCUAAGUGUUGGACAUUUUUGUCCUUACUGUUACUAUACACACACGUGUGUAUAUGUAUGGAGUGCAGUUAAUUUAGAUUAUAAAACAAUAUUAAUUUUGUACAAGGGAUAAUCUAAUCCUCUCAUUUAAUCUAUCUCUAUAUCACGGCUUUCUCCUAAAAGCCAAAGAGGAUUUAUGUUUGUUUUUCCCCUGCUACAAAAUAAUAUUGUCCAUGUUAAUGGUUUAAAAAAAUAUAAAAUGUAGACACUUCUAUGUUCACUCAUUGUCUAGUAAUUGCUACAGACGUAGAGUUAGCCAAUAAACAUUACCCACCUGUCAGAUAAAUCGUUUUUUAAAAUUUUCUGUUUUUUUUUUUGAAUGUUUUUAUUGUUUUGUUUUUUUUUGUCGCCAUUUGGAAAUUAGUUUAGGUGUGAUUUCGUAAUUUUUUUUUUUUCUAAGUUGUAAUUCACCCUAUAUGCACCUGACUACUUUAUUCAUAGGCUCACCAGGGAUUUUAAACAGCAGAGAUUGUUAAACCAUAUUACCUAAGUCCCAAUCUCUGCUUUUGUAAACAUUCCUUGAGUUUUUAAGCAGACUGGACUAUAAAACACAAAUAUAUCCUCAACUUUGAUAAUGUUUUUUUUUUUUUUUUUUUUUAAUGUACGCCAUAAUUUUUUAGAAUUGGUAACUAUUUUAAUUUGGAGUUCUGUUUAGUCUCUGACUACUAUUAACACUUUAGUUUGUUUUAAUUCAAAAAUUACUCUAACACUAUCAAGUUAAAUCCCAGUUCUGCUCUUAUAAUUAAUUCUGAUU